CAAGGGAGGGAAAGAGCGUCGCUAACGUCUACGAGACAGACAGCUCCUUUUCGGGCGGGCCGACUCGAAGCCGCGGUGGUCGUGGUCGUAGUCGUCGUCGUGGUGGUCGUGGUCAGAUUGUCGAGGUGAGUUCGAUGCUCGUGCGUUCAGCGCAUUCUGUCACAAGAGAAGAAAUGUUUCUUGGAUACAGGCAGCAGUCACCAGCCGAACAGCGCGACCUUGUGAGCACCGUGGGGAUCGAAGUGUUUUUGGGCUUGUGUGCAUGUGGCAGUCAGUCCAUCAAGAGCCGAGGCUGAUCAGGAAUAAUUUCACUCGUCGGUGAGAGACGAGAGCCAGGGAGUGAUUGACUGCAUCAGAAGUGUGCAAGGACAUAAAAGGAGUUGAGCCUGGCGGCAGUGUUAUCAUCUAGGGACGGCUUCUGGUUUGGGCGAGAUUAUGGCGACUGGUUUGGUUGCGAUAACAGAGCGAGCUGCGGACGGGGGUCCAUUGCUCAAUACUGGAGAAGAUGAAAGCAUCGCUCAUGUUGCUCCUGAUGUGGGCAUUGUUCUAGAAGAGGGGCCUGUGCAACAGAAUGGAACUUUGUACAUCACGACGAAGCGUCUCAUAUGGCUAAGUAAUGACAAUCUUCAAAAGGGUUAUGCCGUCAGCUUUUUGUCUCUCUCCAUGCACGCAAUUUCCAGGAAUCCAAACGCAUAUCCGGUGCCUUGCAUUUAUACUCAGAUUGAGAGUGGCGAUUCAGAUUCUGAGUACGAGGAGGCAGACGACAUGGAGGAUUCUUUGGAAACAGAAUGUGAUGAGGAGGAGGACUUGUCCAAAGUAGAAGAGAUGAGACUUGUUCCCAGAGAUCCAGAUAUCUUGGACCAGAUAUUCCAGGUUCUUUGUGAUUGUGCGUUGCUGAACCCAGAUCCGACAGGAGAACAAGAAGGUGAAGGUGAAUGGUACUUUAAUGUAAACGAGGUGUUGGGAGGGCGACCCAUCGGUGAAGAUGAUGACAAGCCUUUCGACGUCACAGAUAUUAGCGAGUUGCAUAUACACGAUCCAAGAUUUGAAGAUGCCGAAGAGGAGUUGGAGGAGGACGGUGCUGCGUAAGGGCUUCGUUGGUCCGAGUUCUAGUUUUGGUAGUGUAGAGCUAAGACAGUCACGACCCUUCUCUCGCCUGCUACAUCAAAUGGCAGACCUCAAACGUCUAGAUCUUCGAUCAGUAGUUCUCUUGGUAAAUAGUAGUGAGCUCGGAAUCUAUAACAUGUACGGAAAUCAGUCGAGUGUGCCUUGGAGCUUGUUCGUUAACAGUCAUUUCGAAAGGUAACACGCUCGUCUCGAGCUAAUCAAUCAGAGGUUAUCCACAUUUGUUGCCUUGAUGGGUUUGAACUAUUUGUAAACAAUCUCACGCUCUCAACAACAUUACUGUCAGUGUCCACCAUGUCCUCAACGAGUUUAG